UCCCGAUUUGUUUAUGCAUUUCCUCACUGUGAUCUUAUCUUAAGCAUAACUAUUCUUUGUUGUGGAGAAAAGAGGAAGCUGCAAUAUGGAGCCACCAUCAGAGAGAUCCUUGGAAACAGUAGCUUUGCUUGCCCCCAUUACUGCUCAGAGAAAACUGAACACCCAUCUGGAUGAACAAAUGCCAAAACCAUAUCUUGCAAGGGCUUUAGCAGCAGUUGAUCCAAAGCACAUAAAUGGAUCUCCUGACCACCAAGACAAUAAUAUGACUGUCCUUCAACAGCAUGUUGCUUUCUUUGAUAAGAACAAGGAUGGGAUUAUCUAUCCCAUUGAUACCUACAAAGGUUUUCGUAUGAUAGGAUUUAACAUUUUUCUCUCAAUCCUUUCUGCAAUAAUUAUCCAUGUUGGAUUCAGCUUUGCUACUCAACCUGGAUGGAUACCUUCACUAUUGUUGCCAAUUUACAUAAGUAACAUUCACAAAGCAAAACAUGGAAGUGACUCAGAGACUUAUGACACUGAAGGCAGAUUUGAUCCAGCCAAGUUUGAUGCUAUUUUUAGCAAAUAUGCCCGUAAACAUCCUGAUAUGCUCUCCUUCUGUGAGAUGCAGGCCAUGGUAAAAGCAAAUAGAAACUUAAAUGAUUUUUUUGGAUGGUUUGCAGCCGAGUUUGAAUGGAUUUUCAUCUAUAUGCUGAUAAAGAACAAGAAAGGUUUUAUUGAAAAAGAACAAGUCAGGGCAAUGUAUGAUGGCAGUUUGUUUGAAAUUCUAGAGAAGAAGAACACAAAGCCAAAGGGACAGUAAUAUAUGGAGCUUGAAGCUGGACUGAGAUUAUAGAUUGUAUAUAUAUAUAUAUCUAUAUCAUCUAGAUUUGCUGGUUUGAUAAGUUGUUAUAGGAGUGAACAACUCAAACUCAUCUAAUUUCUUUAUAAUGCUGAUAAAUAGAUUUAUAAGUGCAAAUAUGCAACAUCAAUAUGUUUCCCUUCUUAAGAGUUUGGUGAGCUAUCAAUUAUGUAAUUUGUAUAGCCCAUUUAUAUUUCUGUUAAUUGAUGUGAUGAUAAAAAAAUAUAACUAUUUUAUGUUUAU